AGUGGCGGCGGCGGCGAAGGGAGGACCCCGGUGAGCGGGACCUGGCGCCCCGUCGCCCAGACCUGUAUAGGCUUGGGCCCGCAUGGAGGGGAACGUGGAGUCUCAGACGCCUGACCUGCGAGACGUGGAGAGCAAGGUGGGCAGGAAGACCCCUGAAGGGCUGCUCCGCGGGCUGCGAGGCGAGUGGGAGCCGGGACCCUCUGACCCCUUGCUGCUCCCGGGGGAGCCCGGCGCGGGCCACGACUUGGGGGACAAGAUCAUGGCGCUGAGAAUGGACCUGGCCUACCUGCGGGCCAUCGAUGUGAAGAUCCUGCAACAGCUGGUGACCUUGAAUGAGGGCAUCGAGGCAGUGCGCUGGCUACUGGAGGAGCGGGGGACUUUGACCAGCCAUUGCAGCAGCCUCACCAGCAGCCAGUAUAGCCUGACAGGCGGAAGCCCAGGCCGCUCAAGGAGAGGCAGCUGGGACAGCCUGCCAGACACCAGCACCACUGACCGACUGGACAGCGUCUCUAUUGGCAGCUUCUUGGACACAGUGGCCCCCAGCGAGCUGGAUGAACAGGGCCCUCCUGGAGCUCCUCGUCCUGAGAUGGACUGGGAAAAGGUUCUGCCUGGUGGGGAGAGGGCCAGGACUGAGGUGGACCUGACAGCCACCAGGCUAGGGAGUUUGAGGGCUGUGUGGAUGCCCCCAGGGGAGGGCCUCCCAGGUGGACCCCCUGAGUCACCAGAGGAUGAGAAUGCCAAGCUGGGUUUUGAGGCCCAGUGGUACUGGGGACAGUGCCAGGAUGAUGUGACCUUCUUGUAGCGACUUCCCCACUCUUCCGUACUCCUGUGCCUCUUUUAUCCCUUGGCCCUGGUUUGUGUCAAAAUUCAUUCUCCCUCAUUCUGGGACUGGGCAGAAACUAUGCUGAAGUCGGUUACCAUGGAAACCUGGCUCAUCAUCCUUCUCUCUCGGGGGACUCUCUGCCUUUAUCCCUCAAUUAUCAGGUCCCUAGAGCUAUUUCCAUAGAGAUACUGACUCUAGAGGCUUGGCCUCUGGCUUCCGCCCCCAACCCAUUAAUUUACAAUUUAAGGAAUUUGGGUCCCCUAGGAGAUCACAGAUGCAAAGCGGAGGGUGUAGUUAUCUCACCGGAAGCCUAGGAGCUUUGGCCCCCUCUUGGCCAAGGUGGAGGUAGAGGUGCAACGUGGACAUUCAGGGCCCACUUUGCGGGGACUGGCCUUCCCAGAAGCCUUUGGGGCUGGUCUACCCCCGCUUCCUGUCUGCUGAGUGAUGUCAUUUCCUGCCAGGAUGGACUAGCCCUUCCUUUGCACCAGUCCUUGGAUGGUGCCCCUGCUGGGAGCCUGAGCCCCUGCUGCUAAGUGAGACGUGAAAUUUAUUGUUCAUACUGUUACUUCCUGUUAGUGGGGACACACCGUCUCUCCUGGCAGGAACGUUUCACCCUGGCGGAGGACAGGGUCCUACUCUUGAAACAGGUGUUGUCAUUUUAACCCAGGGGGUCUCAGCCUCUGUGCUGCAUCCUGCCUGGUGCCAGCACUCCUGUCCCUAUGCGCUGAGGGAGAGAAACUGUCAGGGGCCUCUGAAGUCUGGCCUGCAUAGCCGCGGUGCCCUGUCUUCCCCUGACCCUGGGCUGCCCCGGUUCUGUGUUCUGGCUCCAGAUCUGGCUGUUUGUUCAGCUUUGGUGUCUCUUCACCUUCUCAGUUUCCUCUUCAGGCUUUUUAUAUGCAGAUGAGCCCCAGCCUCUUCUCCCCAGUAGUUGAGGGGAGCCAGAAAAGGAGAAAGGCAGGUCCCAGAGCUGGACGGGUGUACAAGAAUCUCGGGCAGGGCCAGGAUGUCAUCUUCUCUGAGUCCGAUUGCCCUUCCCCCUUCCUGUCCCUGGCCUUCCACCAUUUGGUCACAAGGAUGUCUGCCUGAGGUUGGGACACAAGGAAUUGCCUUGUCUGGGUUACAAUGUGGGGGCGUGGCAGAGAAAGACAGAGGCUCUUUGGUCCCUGGGCCCCAUCCUGGGAGGGGGAAGGAACAAGCCUUGACUCCUGGUAGCUGAGUGAGGAGAGGGGGACUGGCUCUGGGCCAGGUUCCAGAGCCCUAGAGAAUGACACUGAAGAAGGAAUUCAGGAAAACUGUCAACCUGGCUGGUGCUCAGGGUGUGGUCAGCCCAGAGAGAGGGAGGACUAGGGGUAGCCCUUGUCAGAGAAUGGAUUCUUGGAGAUUAACCCUUGGAAUUUCAUGUAAUUGCCCCAUAUGUACAUCCCUAUCUUUCCCAGGCCCUGAAACUAGUUUACUGUGGAAAAAACGAAGGGAACAUGGCAUCAGAUAAUCCCUGGCUGUUCACUGUGCCCUCCUGAGUUGGAGGAUUCUUAUUCUUCAAAUCCUGGGAUGAGUCCUACUGUUUCCCUGCUUUUUGUUUUAUGUUGGGGAAGAGAAGGAAGUCAAGUUGGUCAUCUCUACUUCAUCUAAAUUCCUCAAGUCUUGUUUUGCAGUUCCCACUCGAAUCUCCUGGAACAAUCCACAUAGUUCUUCCCUAAAGACCCUCUCUCUUCUCAUCCUCUCCAAAUGAUUGAACUCUCCAAAAUAUGUUCUCAGCUUCUUAGUACUCCUGGGGCUCCUUGACCUCCCCUCAGACUGGGAAUCCGAGUACCUUAUUCCAGUCCCUAUUCUGUUGCCAUUUUGUGGUGCGCCUUUGGAGAAUUGUUCUUCCUCUAGGAAGCCAUCAGAUUCUUUUUUGAGGCUCUCUUGUUCUUGUAGCUACAAACUUCUGAGCCAAAGACAUUGCCCGCCCCCUCGUGGCCAUGAUGCACCAUCGCUGGAAUUGCAGAGAUUGCUGGGUGGAACCUUCAAACUCAUAAAAUCUGAGCCUUCCAGAAGAGGACCCCCUCCAUGCUCAGACUGGCUAGAGUCAGGCUUAGGGAGGGCAUACACUUGUCCAGCAUCACUGGCUGUAAACCACGGCAGUGCCCAGAUUAGAUAACCCAGAUUGGUUCUCUGCCCACAGUUCUUUUGCUUGGCCAGACUGUUUCCAACCAAUACCACCGGAGCCUAAAGGGACUGAAUGGAAUUUUCCUCCUGUUAUAAUGUUCCCUAGGAGGCUGGUGCAAGGCGGCUCAGUCUAGAAAAAGAGCUGCAGGCUCUGAGGAAAGAGAGUCUUGGGCCUGGACUGAGUGAAGGUGACUAGUCUGUACUACAGAUAUGAGGAAGAUCACUCCUGAAGUAAUCAGUGUGUUUUUUGUUUGUUUGUUUUGUUUUGUUUUGUUUCUGGAAGGGAGGGUAAGUAGGUCCAGAUACUGUGUAGGUAGAGCUCAGCAUUUCAGACCUGGAGGUUACAAGAUGGCGUGGGGAGCUGUGAAAUAGGAAAUCUGGGUGGGUUGUGCAUAGGUGGCAUGUUCCACAGAUCAGGGAGUUGCAGGUGAGUUGGACAGGCGCCUGAGCUGGGGCUGAAGAGGUGGGGUGAGUGAAGCUGCCUGGGGACUCCAGGUAGGUCUGGGCACUCACCCUGAAUACCUCAGACUCCAGUUCACUACCAGAGGAGCCCAGGGACCCCAGUGGACACACAUCCUUGGUCCUUUCUAUCUGUGUCUAUGCUACAGCUUUCCUGUGAGCUUAGACUUUUCUGGGUUACAUUAGGGAGUUAUUUGGGAGCUCAAAGUAGAAAAAGAGUGAUGCAGAGAUGAGAGAGAUGAAAGCAGGAUGUUAAAAGUAUGAUCAAAGGGAUGGGGCCAGCAGUUAGCAUAAUGGCUAUGUCACUGAUCUCCCAUGUAGCUGACCGCAGUUCGAG